AUGGGCAAAGAUCAUCCUGAUGCGGAUUUAUAUCCCACGGCUACAGCUCUUGCUGCAAAGACUGUCGAUGCUCACAAGGCGGAACAAUCACUGAAGCUCUACUCUGGCUGGUUUUGCCCAUUUGUUCAACGCAUCUGGAUUGCUCUCGAGGAGAAGGGGAUACCCUAUCAAUACAUCGAAGUGAAUCCCUAUCACAAGCCACAGUCACUGCUCGACCUGAAUCCUCGCGGCCUCGUCCCCACUUUACAAUACGAUAACAAGCCUCUCUAUGAGAGUACUGUGUUGUGUGAGUUUAUCGAGGACGCUUUUCCAGACCAUACACCCCAUCUGCUACCCAAGGACCCGUACGACAGAGCUAGAACGCGGAUCUGGACAGAUUAUGUCGGAAGCCGAAUUAUCCCAGCAUACCACCGCUUCUUGCAGCACCAAGGGGAUGACGGUCUGAAAGAGAAACAGCAGGAAUUCCUUAACCACCUCAAAGAGUUCACAAAAGAGAUGGAUUCAGAAGGUCCGUACUUCAUGGGCAAAGAGUUCAGUCUCAUUGAUAUUGUCAUCGCUCCGUGGGCCAAUCGACUUUGGGUUUUUGAUCACUUCAAGGGCGGCUCAGGACUACCAGAAGAAGGCAAGGGAGGCGAUGAUGAGGAGACUUGGGUGAGGUGGAGGAAGUGGCUGAAGGCGGUGGAGGACAGGAAGAGCGUUAAAGAGACGCUGAGUGAGAGGGAGCAUUACUUGCCGAUCUAUCAGCGGUAUGCAGAGGACAGGGCGCAGAGUGAGGCAGCGAAAGCUAUUCGGGCUGGGAGAGGCAUGCCUUAG